AUGAAAGGUAAUGAUCGACCAAUUAAAAUGAAUCCUACCGGGAAAUAUAAUCUUGAUUUUAUAGAUUGGAAUAAUGAAUGGGCUGCCGUAUACACUAAUGGAUAUCGACAUGACGGAAAGAUGGAUUGUAACUGUUAUACAUUAAUUAAGAAUGCCCCAUUUAGGGAAUGUCGCUUGAGACCUUUAAUAGAUUAAUUGUAAUUGCUUGACAUUUAAUUUAUAUAGUCUGAGGAAUUUGAGAGAUUUGAGUUUGAAUAAGAGGAUCUGAAAAAUGAAGAAAAUAAAUUAGAAGAACAAUUUGUAGGAUAAAUCAAAAAAAUGAAAAUGGGUAAAUCAUCUAAGAAUUGUUCAAUUUGCAUUAAGGACUUCGCCAAAGGGGAAAUCAUAAUGAAGUUGCCAUGCAAUCAUAUAUUUCAUGAAGACUGUAUAGUUCCUUGGUUUUAAAAGGCUAGCAAAUGUCCAAAUUGUAAAUUUGAUGUUAAAGAGCACUUCAAAAGUUAAUAAUAAUGA